GCCCAGCGGCUAAGAGAGUCACGUGAAAGUGGGCGGUGGACGCGCAGCGGGGCUGGCGGCGGCUGCGUCUCUAUGGUCGUCAGAGGUGGGCGGCUUUCCCAGAGUGGCUGCUAAAGCUGGAGCUCGGACGGGAUGUUUCGUCUUAACGCCCUGUCUGCAUUGGCAAAACUAGCUGUGGGCUCCCGAUGGUACCAUGGAGCAUCUCAGCCCACACAGACCAAGCGAAGACUGAUGAUGGUGGCCUUCCUGGGAGCAUCCGCAGUGACUGCCAGUUCUGGUCUCUUAUGGAAGAAGGCUCAUGCAGAGUCUCCGCCAUGCGUCAACAACAAAAAGGCUGACGUUGGUGAUAAAGGCAAGACUAAAGAUGAAGGGGAAGUCUCCUGCCACGAAGGAAGGGCUGCGGAUGCCGGGGCCGAGCCUUACCCGGAAGAGAAAAAGAAGAAGCGUUCUGGAUUCAGAGACAGAAAAGUGAUGGAAUAUGAGAACAGGAUCCGAGCCUACUCCACACCAGACAAAAUCUUCCGAUAUUUUGCCACCUUGAAAGUAAUCAACGAGCCUGGAGAAGCAGAAGUGUUUAUGACGCCCCAGGACUUCGUGCGAUCCAUAACCCCAAAUGAAAAGCAACCCGAACACUUGGGCCUGGACCAGUAUAUAAUAAAGCGCUUUGACGGAAAGGAGUUCUGGCAGACAGAGAAAAUUGCCCAGGAACGAGAAAAAUUUGCUGAUGAAGGCAGCAUAUUCUACACCCUUGGAGAAUGUGGGCUCAUCUCCUUCUCCGACUACAUUUUCCUUACAACUGUUCUCUCCACUCCUCAGAGAAAUUUUGAAAUUGCUUUCAAGAUGUUCGACUUGAAUGGAGAUGGAGAAGUAGACAUGGAGGAGUUUGAGCAGGUUCAGAGCAUCAUUCGCUCCCAGACGAGCAUGGGCAUGCGGCACAGAGAUCGCCCCACUACUGGGAACACCCUCAAGUCUGGCUUAUGUUCGGCCCUCACAACCUACUUUUUUGGAGCGGAUCUCAAAGGAAAACUCACCAUCAAAAACUUCCUGGAAUUUCAGCGAAAACUUCAGCACGAUGUUCUGAAGCUCGAGUUUGAACGCCAUGACCCGGUGGAUGGACGAAUCACUGAGAGGCAGUUUGGUGGCAUGCUGCUGGCCUACAGCGGAGUGCAGUCCAAGAAGCUGACCGCCAUGCAGAGACAGCUGAAGAAGCACUUCAAGGAUGGGAAGGGCCUGACUUUCCAGGAGGUAGAGAACUUCUUCACUUUCCUGAAGAACAUUAAUGACGUGGACACUGCGUUAAGCUUUUACCACAUGGCCGGAGCAUCUCUCGAUAAAGUGACCAUGCAGCAGGUGGCCAGGACAGUGGCGAAGGUGGAGCUCUCAGACCACGUGUGUGACGUGGUGUUUGCACUCUUUGACUGCGACGGCAAUGGGGAGCUGAGCAAUAAGGAGUUUGUUUCCAUCAUGAAGCAGCGGCUGAUGAGAGGCCUGGAGAAGCCCAAGGACAUGGGUUUCACCCGGCUCAUGCAGGCUAUGUGGAAAUGUGCCCAAGAAACUGCCUGGGACUUUGCUCUGCCCAAAUAGGGUCUCACUGCCUGCACCCUAGCACCUGGACCCCUGGAGCAGCCCUUCAUGCUGCUGCCGCUGCUUCUGGGAGUAGUGCCCCCCCUCUUUCUGGGAAUGACCUCUGGGCUCAGCAGGCUUCCCUCUUCACCCUUCCCUGACCCAGUCAGUUGCUACUAGACUUCAAAUUGGCUGCCAGAUCAAAGGUUUUUAAAAACAUGGACAAGUCUUCAAAGUGGAGACUUUAACUCCUUCAACUAGUGCCCUAUGGAUAAAGAAUGCAGGGAGACCUCCGGAUACCCACCAGCCCUGGGGAGCACCCACCCUUCCAGGCUCUCUCCCUCCCGACACCCACCAGCCCUGGGGAGCCCCCCCUCUCCAGGCUGUCUCACUGUGGAUUUAUCUUAAGAACAUCCCCUGCUCUUCUUCCUCCUGCUGUUCCUAAACUGCAAAUUUGGAAAUACUCUGGCGGGCAAGAGGAAGUCUGUGAGAAACGAUAAUGAAGGCGACCCUGGUGCCCCGAGCUGGCAGGAGGCCUGGUUGGAGGAUCUGUGGCAGACACAGCAGCUCCAGGAAGGCCUUGCGCUCCCAGCAGAAUUCCAGAGUCAAAGGAGCUGCCUCAUGGUCCUCAGUGCCCUCAUUUCCCUCCAAGGCUCCCAGUGUCACUUCCCCUGUCUAUGGGCUUGCCGAGCCCAGACCCGGCUCAGCCAAUCCUCCCUGUCUAAACACUCAUAAAAUAUCCCUUUAAUUAUACCAGUUUGCAGUAAAUAUC